AUGGGUGCCGAAGCUCCUGAUGGUGUCAUGGAGCUUAACACUAGACUGGAAAGCAAAAUGGUUCUGAAAAACUUCCAAACCGAUGCUCUACGUGAGCUUUGCACUGAGGAUCAGCUGGACCUUCUGAAUUCUAUCGAUACUCUCCGUUCUCAGGGGAUCAGCCACUAUAUCACUUUGCCACAAUUCAUAGCCUGUGGUGAUCAGUCUUCCGGCAAAAGUUCCGUUACUGAAGCUAUAUCUGGAGUGUCAUUUCCUGUUAGGAGCAAUCUGUGCACGCGAUUCCCUACCGAGCUCGUCCUUCGAAAAUAUCCCCAAAGUGGUGUUCGUGUAUCCAUUGUUCCGCAUCAGACGCGUAGUGAUAUCGAGCAACGGUCGCUUGGCGACUUUUAUGAGGAGUUGGAUGACUUUGAGGGCCUACCUAUCUGGAUUGAAAAGGCCAAAGGGGUCGUGGGAAUAACAAUGUACGGAAAGGCCGUCUCGAACGAUCUUCUUCGGGUGGAGGUCUCCGGUCCUGACCACCCUCAUUUGACUAUUGUGGACCUACCUGGACUUGUCCAUUCGGAAACCAAGCAACAGUCUGCGACAGAUGUCCACCUUGUCCAAGAUAUCGUGCAGUCUUAUAUGAAAGAGCCUCGCAGUGUCAUCCUCGCUGUUGUAUCUGCAAAGAAUGAUUUUGCCAACCAGGUUAUCCUCAAGCUGGCAAGGGAUGCUGACCCAUCCGGGAAGCGCACCCUCGGUGUGAUUACCAAGCUUGAUACCCUUGUACCAGGGUCAGAGAGCGAGACCAUGGUUGUGUCACUCGCUAAAAAUCAGAACGUGGAAUUCCGGUUUGGAUGGUAUGUUUUGAAGAAUAUGGAUAUGGAGAAAGGGCAAUGGACAUUAGAACACCGUGAAUUGGAGGAAUAG